CACUACCCUGACACACGCCAGCUUCUCUCUCUACAGCAUCUGCUCGGCCUAGGAAAGUUUGCUUCACCAUGUCUUUUGAUCAGGACAGCUGCUACCUCUGUAAAGAAUAUCUCAGAGAUCCCGUGUCUAUCCCAUGCGGACACAUUUUCUGCUCCAUCUGCCUAAAGACCUAUUGGGACCAUGCGGACCACACCGGCUCGUACCUCUGCCCAGAGUGCAGGGUGACUUACAACAAGAGGCCCACUCCGAGGCGCAUGGGAAGCUCCCGGCACUCCACCAUCCAACGUAACCCAGAGUCCUCUCCACCGCCACCUCCAACCCCGGACUACAACUACGCCGGACCCCAGGAUGUUGGGUGCGACAUCUGCAUCGGCAAAAAGCACAAAGCCAUCAAGACCUGCCUAAUGUGCCUAGCCUCCUACUGCGAGAAGCACCUUAAGCCCCACUUUGAGUCGGCCACUUUCAAAAGGCACAAACUGGUUGAUGAGAUCGGCCAUCUGGACAGGCAGAUCUGCCCACAGCAUCAGAAAGGCCUGGAGCUGUUCUGCCGCACUGAUCAGAUGUGUAUCUGUGUGCUGUGUACAGUGAAAGAACACAAGGGUCACGACAUGGUGUCAGCAGAGCAGGAGAGAGCUGAGGAGCAGCAACGCCUGGGCGCCACUCAGGCUGAGAUCCAGGAAAAGAUUCAUGACCGUCUCAAACAGAUGGAGGAGCUGAAACAAGCUGUGGACUCAAUUAAGAACUCGGCCCAAAGAGCGCUGCAGGAAUGCGAGAAGAUGUUUAGCGACAUGAUGCGCUCCAUAGAGAGGAUGCAGCAGGAGAUGGUCAAGCUGAUAUCUACAAACAAGAGAGCUGCACUCAACAAUGCAGAGGGCCACAUGGAGCGCCUAACCCACGAAAUCUCUGACUUGAAGAGGAGAGACAAUGAGAUCACCCAGCUGUCCCGCACUGAAGACCACAUCCACUUCAUCCAGAGUUACCACAUGCUGAUAGCCCAGACAGAGGCUGAGGAGUUGCCUUCAGUCACCGUAAAUCCCUACUUCUCCUUCGGCUCUGUGACAAAGGCCGUGUCCGAGAUGAAGCAGCACCUGAACGAAUUCAGCAAUGAUGAGCUGGUGAAGGUCGCCAAAACAGUGAACAAAAUGACCUUCUGUGAACUGGAUGAGCCCAAAAAGAAACGAUCAAUUAAAAGUGAAGAGGCUGUGAUGUACAAGGCCGUACCCGUCCAGGAACCUCAGUACAGGGAUGACUUCUUGAGAUAUGCUUGCCAGCUCACUCUGGACCCAAACACAGCCUACCGACAGCUCUACUUGUCUCGAGGGAAUAGAAAGGCCGCUCUCAAGAAAGACCCCCAAUCUUAUAGCGACAACCCCGCAAGGUUCGACUCCCUGCCCCAGGUGCUGUGUAAGGAGAACCUCGCUGGAGGCCUUUACUACUGGGAGGUAGACUGGAGCGGGGAGGGCGCUGCCAUCGGAGUCACCUACAAAGGCAUCAAGAGGACGGGCUACGGAGACAGCUGCCGCAUUGGCUACAACCGGAAAUCGUGGAGCCUCUUCUGCUCCGACUCCAGCUACUCAGCCCGCCACAACAAGGACCAGAUAGAAAUCAAAGCGCCUUAUUCCUCCCGCAUCGGAGUCUUCCUGGACUACGAUGGGGGCACUCUCUCAUUCUACGCCGUAGGGGAUACCAUGUCCCUCCUCCACCGCUUCAAGGCCUCCUUUAGCGAGCCUGUCUAUCCGGGCUUCUGGGUUUGGUAUGAGUCUGCCAUCACCCUCAUCCAGCCGUGAUUGAAUAACAUCCGUCCAAUAUCACAGUACAAGUACCUGUGAUUAUUAUUUUUGUUUUUUACAUAUGUAUGCAUUUUACAAGAAUUUAUUUUCUAUUUUUAUGUUGAAAAAUGUGUGUUGAUCAAAGGGAAGCGGUUAUGACAGAUGUGAAUUUUCUUUGACUUAAUAUGAACAAAUGUUAGGGGGAAAGCAUUUAUAGUGUAAUUCCAAAUGUUGUAAACUGUCCUUGAUUGAUGUGUUAUAAUUUGAUAUUAAAGUUAUUUUUAUUAGUAAACAUUUUAUGUAAGACGAAA